UACGUGUUCCUCUUCUCUCUCACUCUCUAAAACUGUGAUAGUUAUUUUUUCUCCAUACUUAUUUUUUCUCCAUACUUAUUUUUUCUCCAUACUUAUUUUUUCUCCAUACUUAUUUUUUCUCCAUACUACUUAUUAUUAUUUUUUCUCCCUCAAUUUACUGGUCAAAGAAUUAACCGUACCUCUUAAUUUGUCGCAUUAUAGUACGUAUCUGACUGGUUUGGAACAAGCGAUUGUUGUGGCUCUCCCAAAGGGAACAACCGGCACAAUGGCAGCUAUUAGCGUAAGCGUCGAGGGUGUGAAAUUUCAGUACCGCCUCACACAGGACGACCUGGCCAAAGUCUUUGGACGGUACUGCUUUAUACAUGACCGGAGUCUUGUUUUCUCAAACACCAACUGCUUUAUACAUGACCGGAACCUUGUACAGAUCUUGAGGAAUAGUACCUGCAUUUUCCGCCGUGAAACUCAUGACCAAAAUGAAUCAUGUAAAAGGUACGGGCAGCUGAACAGCGUUGAAGUUCAUGAGGAUGGGUCAUGCGCUAGAGUUUGGUUCGAGAAGCGUGAUGACGCAGACAAUUCCAUCCGCGAGCUUCAUGGCAAGCAGCUACAGGGUGGAGAUGAAGGGUCACUCGUAGUGACGUGGGCAACGCAGGAUUUGAGCAACAUUUGCCCGUACUGAAGAUGAUGCUACUUUUAUUUUUUUGGAUAUGUAAGCAAGAGUUUGGUCGUUUCUUUCCGGAUGAAUUCAUAUGCCUUUCUGGGAAAAUAUCUUGCAAUUUGUAACUUGUCUCUUAUUUCAUCAAUCGACGCUUACCUUUACAUCACCCAAUAAUAACAGGCCUCGCAAUGUCGAGCAGUCCGAGCAGACUGCAGCGGGUAAGCCGAAUAACGUCCAUCCAGCUGGUGGAAACAAUAAGAUGAACAAGCAGCAUGGUGGAAAUCAGAUGAACAGUCAGAUGAACAUGAAUAGCCAACAACAGCAGUACAACAAUAAUGGUGGUGCCAACUUUAUGGGCAAUAUGAGAGGUGGAAGCAUGGGCAAUAAUAAUGGAAGCCCUCAAGAACUUCGCCAAGGUGGAAACAACAACAACCAGCGAAAUAACCGUAAAUACACUUGCCGCAUCGAUAUUGGUCUUCAAAAUGAAGAGAAUUUCUGCGUCGCCAAGAAGCUGAUUGGAAUUAAGGGCGCCAACAUGAAAUUAAUCGUGCAAGAGACAGGCGCCAAGCUUCGAUUGCGUGGCAAGGAUUCCGGCUACUUGGAGGGAAGCAACAACGAAGAGAGCCAAGAACCUCUCCACUUGUGUGUGUCGUGCACAGAUUACCAAGGCUAUCAAGUAGCGAAAAAAAUGGCCAUGGAUGUUAUCCAGUCAACACUGCAGGAAUACAAGGUAUUGAUUCUUUUAAGAGGAGGAUUAUGACUCACACAUAGUAGAAGUUGAUCUAGCACAUUUGGAGAAAUUUGGAGAAAGCGUAUCGCUUCCAGCACCCGCAACUUCAGUAACACCUGGACGAGGAAGUGUAUCGAUUUCAGUUCGCCAAGCUGCAAGUGGAGGAGUCACCCCUGGAAGUAGUGUUUCGAUUCCAGUUCCACAUAGUAAUAGAAGUUGAGCUAGCACCUCCCUUAUGACAAGAUAUCUGUCGUACUUUAUCUUUUUUCCAACUUCUACAGACUUUUCGAGUAAGCGCCGGUUUGGAAUGCCCGAAGUUGCAUGUGAAAGUAACCGAGCAUCCAGUGAUCGUUUCCCACAGGAAAACGGAAGGGUACUUCUUUUGAGAUUCUUUUUGAUGCUAUAAUUCUCAGUGAAGCACGUUUGUUCACCCAAUUAUACCUUCUGGAGGAGCAAAAAAGGAAGGAAAGUGAGGAGAAAAAUCCUCAAAAAACAACCUCGUGUUAGGCACAUCAAUCAAUGAAUCAAUCAAUCACCUUCUCAACAGCAAUGGCGAGCCUAGCCGUGCGAGCAGUGCACGAGGUAAUAGCAAGCAAAAUAGGGGAUCUCCCGGAGAGCAAAAUUUGGGCAAUGGUGGUAAUAUGAACGGAGGCAAUGGUGCAGCACAACAACAAUCUGGAGGCAGUCGUGGUGCACAACAACAACAACAACAACAAGGUGUUACUUCUUGUGCUACUGGAGGCAAUAACAAUAUGGGUUCCUCAACAUCGCAGAUGAACAAUCAAGACGGCAUCUCUACUGGUGCUCAGGGAGGAGUAGAGGGACAGUCUGGUGGUCGUGUGCCUAAACCAUGGGAGAUCGAGCGCUUGGUGGAGAAGCGAAAUGAGUCUCGCCGUGUGGGCAACUACGAGGAAGCCGAUCGCAUCCGUCAGACCUUGCAUGAGCGAGGCGUAGCCCUGAUGGACGAGCCUGGUGGCCGGGGACGCGGAAACGACGUCACCACUUGGCGUUACUUCGGACCUAAUGCGCCUGCUGGGCAUCAAGGAGGAACGCACCAUAGCAACCACGGAGCUACGAGUGGUGUACAAAAGGGAGGAGGCAAGGGUGCGCAGGCAUCGAGGGGAGGAGCGCCUCAAGCGUACGGUGCAGGAGGACCACAAGGUAUUUAUUUACUUUGUAGUGAUUUAAUUGUUUUCUAGCGUGAAAAUCAAAAAGAGCAAAUAUAAUUUGCAACAUGUUGAAAUACCUUCUUUUCAUAUACUCAGAGACGUAGUUCUACAGUCUCCAUGGUAUGCAGAAAUUAGCAAAAAUAACUCCCUUCUCCUUCGCUUACAGGUGACUACAACCAAGGCUACGGAUGGCGCAAUAAGCCCGCAUAUCCAGGGAAUUACUAUGAGAACCCAGAAGCCUAUCCUCCACGCGGAAAGUACGGCUUUGCUAGUAACCGAUUCGGCGCUUAG